UUAUAUUCCUGAAGCUUAUUGCAGUUCACUUGACUGACAUUAUGUCUGACCUUCAACUCACAGUGAGCCAUUUCAAGGCAAGAAAACAACUAUCUCUCAUAUGUGCCACUGUGUUUCACAGUGGGGCAUCUGUCACGUUGCUUUUCAUUCUUUUGUCAUGGGGAUUGUGUAGUUCCUGAGGUGUGCAUUGACUUGGUAGCAUCUUUGAAGGAACAUGAGUCACAGAAGGAAAACAAGGCAGUAGCCCCUUGGCAGGACUCACACACACAUGCACACGCACGCACACACGUAUACACACACACACAGGGGACAUGUUAUUGUCUCAGUUUUAACAUCUGUGGAAAGGCAUAGUAUCAUUUUAAUGGUUUAGAGUGUGUGCAUGUGUGUUUGUGUAUGUGUGUGUUAUCGACUGUAAAUCACAUGUGCACUAGAUUUAUGUUCAUGUCUUCCAGGUUGCUGCUAUACAGACGCUGCACAGAAGAUCAAGGAGGAGUGUGCGCUGUGAGGAGGAGGCUUUUGGAUCAGGAGCAAGGCCACAGUGACAAGUGUCAGGGCUACAUUCUGCUGUUAAAUUAAGAUUACUGCAGACAUCGUGGACGAGCUACAUCCACCAGAGAUGAUACCUCAUGAAGUCUAUGGAGCUCAUUUUGUGAGCUGGAGCAACACCAUCUUCUCUGGUUUGAGACCUGAUGCCUUCCACAAGUGAAAACAAAGAGAGUCAGAAUCACAGAGUGCACAGAGAGGCCAGCUCCUUCACUUUACCACUGAGGACAUAAAGGAGCCUCAGAGGAGCUUAGAAGUCUUACAAGGGAAUAUUAAAACCACGCUGGCACAAUGAAAUCCAACCAAGAGCGGAGUAAUGGAUGCCUACCUCCUAAGAAGCGUGAGAUCCUGGCUCUGGAGCAGAGGCCAGUGGUUGUAGCCACAGCGACACCCCCAGCGGCUGCAGUAGUGACCGAUAGUCCUCACACAGAGAACUUAGCGUGGCUGGCAAGUGUAGCCAGUGAACGCUGCAAAUCUAGGGAUGCAGAGAGUCCACGAUGUCUCAUCUCCUCCUCUCCUGCCACCUCUGUACCUUCGUCAGUCACUCCUCUGUCUACAAUGCCCCUGGCCUCUCUGCCUGCAGUUUACUCCACAGCUGUUCCUCAGCAGGCCGGGACGAUCCAGUUUGCUCAGCUGGGACCCAAUGUUCAGUUCAUCAGCUCUGGGCCUUAUGCUGGAUAUAUCUCCUCUCACAUCAUCUCAACAAAUGCUAGCUCUGUGCCUAACAGCUCUGCCAUAGUAGGUCAGCGGACCCACCUGGAUGGUUAUACCACUGUUAUCUCCCCCAACACCAAAGGAGAGCAGCAGUUCCAAAUAGGCCUCUCCUCCACAGAGCUGGCACCUGUGUCGCUACCGAGCUCUCCCCAAGUCACCAGCCAGUACAUCCAUCUGGACAGCAGAACUCCUCUGACUGUCAGUGGCAAUGCUGUCACUUCACCCGCGGCUCACCUUCAGCUACACCCUCACGCAGCCGUCCUCCCUCAGACACUCACCCUCGCUCCCUCCCAGUUGGUGGUUCAGUAUGCAGAUGGUUCAGCUGGGAGGAAGCCGGACAUGCAUACUAAGAGUAUACUGAAUGGAGAAUUGGAGGUCAAACAGGCAAAGGUCCCCAAUCAUCCAGCAAACCAUCAGCAGGUCCAGAGUUAUGAGGCCAGACAUAUCCUUCUCCCUGCAGACUAUGGCCAAAACCCAGCAGGACUCCAGACCUCUUUGGUGCUGGUGGCACAGCAAAACCAUGGCGAUGAACACGAAGCUGGUUCGAAUAAGAUCUCCUUUGUCCAGACUGAGAAAGGAAGCAUCUGCUUAGGAAAACCAGUGUCCAGAUCUUCUUCUUUCACCUCCCUCCCUUCCUCAGAGAUGGUGAAGUCUGUUGCUCCUCAUACAGUUAUCCAGACCACUCUACCACACGAGGAGCUACCAGCCAGCCUCUAUUCCUCCACACAGCCACCCAUCAUUGGCUACAUCACCAGUGCAAAUCAGCAUGCUGUCAGCUACCAUGCAGCACUCCCCCAGCACUUGGUGAUCCCAAGUUGCCAGUCCCUCCUCAUCCCAGUCAGUGGUGCCAAUAAUGCCACAGAAAUGGAGGUUAGUCGUACUGUCAGUGCCCUGACUGCUACUACCACCCCUCAAAUAUCCACCGCCAUGCCGCAUGCGUAUCUGGCCACAGCUCUGUCAAAGUGUGAGGCACUGGGGUCAGAAGGACAUCAACCACAUCCUGCAGCUACACAGGCUACUGUACUCCCAGUUCUGCCCCAGUGCAACCAGGCUCCAGCAGCGGUGACACCUCCAUCCCCCCCUCCUGCUCGUGUCCCGACUCCAGCCCCGGUUUCUAUCCAAGCAUCCCCCUCUAUUUCCUCUUCCUCAUCUCCUGUGGCACUCCCACCGUUCUUCAUGCGAGGCUCCAUCAUCCAGCUGGCUGAUGGGGAGCUGAAGCGUGUGGAAGACCUCAAGACAGAGGACUUCAUCCAGAGUGCUGAGAUUAGCAGCGAGUUGAAGAUUGACUCCAGCACUGUCGAACGCAUUGAUAGUGGGCAAACUCCCAAUGCUGUGGUCAUUCAGUUUUCUGUGGGAGAGCUCAAAGCCCAGGUCUGUGUGGAGGUGCUGGUGGAGUACCCCUUCUUUGUCUUUGGUCAGGGCUGGUCAUCCUGCUGCCCAGACCGCACCACCCAACUGUUUGAGCUGUCCUGCGCCAAGUUGUGUGUUGGCGAUGUUUGUGUGUCGCUGACCCUCCGCAGCUUGAGGAAUGGUUCAGCAACAGACGCCCAGGCUUUGGGGACUAAGAUGAAGACGAGUCACCACUCCGACUCCUGUCACAAUGCGGAUGCCAGUGUAAGACACAGUAUGAGUCCGAACGCUGCAGGCAGUAAUGGCGGCCUCCUAAUGAAGGCUUCUGCAGAGGAGACCUAUGGAGUAAUGCUGACUGUCUCAGGGACUGGAGAAGCAACACAGGAAUCUGCUCUCACCAAAAUACAGUGUGGUGAUCUAGAGAGACCCACAGUCCGCAAGAGACGCUGGUCAGCUCCGGAGAGAGACCAAACUGAUAAAGCGGAGGACGAGCCUCCUCUGACUCUGCCUAAACCCUCUUUUGUCCCUCAGGAGGUUAAAAUCAGCAUAGAGGGCCACUCCAGUACUGGGCGUGACAGGUUCUUCAGCAAAAGAGUCGACUGCUGAGAGUAGUUUAAUGAAGUAUCCGUGGUUUGCUUUGUGUUUAUCCCCUCUCUUUUCUCUCUAUCCAGACUACUGUACUAUAGGCAGAGUUUACAUAGUAUUUACAUGUUUCCUUUCACACAGUGAUAUCUACAAUGAAGUUGAGUUCGGUAGAGUUCAUAAUCGAUGUCACACAUGAGAUCAGUGCAAUCAAUGCUGCAGGCAAAAAUAAAUGCAGCGUGCAUGAAUGUUGAAUAUGAAUGGCGGUCACCUGAGAGACAUUUCACUUUGACAUUUGAUUUUAUUUUUUGUCCUCUUUGACGUGAUGAAUGGUGUACAGUUCAUUAGUCUCUCUCAUCACAUGAACAAGCACAGACCCCAUGGGUAACUAUGUUUGGAUUGUUUGUUAGUUUCACUGUUAAAUUGUCUUGUAGUGGUGUUUAUGAGUCAAAGAGAGAGUGAGUAUCUGAUGAGUUUUGAGUUUUAAUUUCAUUAACAUACCAUCACAGAUGCGUAGUACCACUUUUGGUUCGAGUCACUUGUCUCCAUAAGUAUGUUCUCGUCUGUUGAUUUGUGUGUUUUUCUGCGUGGCUGUCAAACAGAGCACAGGAGUCAGGUGUGUGUGUGUCUGUGUGUGUCUGUGAGUGUCUGUGAGUGUCUGUGAGCUCAGUUUUCAGCACAGAAGUAGAAAAAAAUGAAUGUAAAAAUCACUGCUUUUGUCCACAGCACUGACACAUUUGCUACACAUCAUGCUGAGAAUCUAUUUCAACUUUAUAUUAAUACUUCAUCAAUUCCUGGACUGUGUGUUUGUCUUUUACCCUCGCUGCCGCAUGUGCAGCAUUUAAAAUAUGUCUUUAAAGAGAAUAUAAGAUAUUUCUGUCUAAUACCUCCAAAAGAUGAUUUUUAGUCAGUCUAUGUUGGGACUAAACCAUAGUUUGGGCAACUUGGCGACUCUAAUUCAGUGAUUACUUUGUUUUUGCAAGCAGUGCAGCAAGUAAUCAAAAACUUGUAUUGUUACAUUCUCAAAUGGACAUAUAACAACAGGAACAGAGUGACAUUAGCAUUCAUGUGGAGCCUUGUUCUAGCUCAUCUUUUCACUUUGUUUCAGUCCUGAGGGAAACAUCUGGCCAUGAAGUUUGGAAAUUCUCCAUCAUGUUUUUAGACUUUUUUAUUGAAAACAACUUCCUGCUGCAGCUACACAACAGUGUUUGACCCAAGUAAACAGUAACAGCAACAUUAAAGUAAAGUAAAACAGUGAAGUUGUGGAUCAUAAAGCCCAAAUGUACAGAGUCACCUGCCCCAUUGUCACUAAAAUAGUGAGCAACCAUAACUAAAAAAUUUAAAUAAAAGCAUGACAUAGUACAUAUUUAUGGGAAAAUGGUAUGUUCCCAUGCUACUGAUGUAUCCUCAUUUGUUCUUUUACUGAAACUAUGGCCUUAGAUACAAUGUAUAAUGUACCUUGUUCACAGGAGCACAUGUUUUUUAAGGGUUUUUAUUUAAAACCUGUUUUCCUCAAUGAAGGUAUGUCCAUACCUGGUAUAUCAGAGUUCUGCUGUUUGUAUUCAAACAGCUCUCUUUAGGUUACUACAUUUGUUUCUCAGAGUAGAGCCAAAAUUAAUAUCUUACAGUUCAUACUCAGGAACAGUGUGUGUGUGUCAGUGUGUGUGUGUGUGUGUGUGUGUGUGUAUCCAUGUGUGUGUUCUGAGCAGCAGCACUUUGAUAAGGCAUCCAGCAGGAUUGUGGCGUUGUUGGUGACCCUGUUAGGUGAGCAGUUGCUAGAUAUAACGAAGGCAGUAAAGUGACUGUUUCACAUCACAUUAUGUGCGACAGGUUUAUCAUUGAUAGAAAAUAUACACUAGGACAGGGAAUGUAAACACACAUCGGGCAGACUAUCUCACUUUUUUUUUUGAUGACUAAUAGAGCUACUACUCAGAGACAGGAAGAUAGAGUUGUAGAUAAAAACGAGGCCAGCGAGUGUUCAUCAUGUACAGUAAAUUGUAUUUUAGAGAGUGUACAGUGUGUGUAUAGAUAUUCUAAUCCUUAAGUAGCUUAUGUACUGUAUGUGCCACAGCGCCUCCUCUCUUCAAUCAUUCCAUUAACUCACCGAUAUCAAGUGGUCCUGCAACCGUUUUUUUAGUCAGUUCAGGUAUUGAUGUAAUGUUCAUGAACGUGCUACAGUUCUUCAGGAACAUCUACAUAUUCAGAGCGUAAUUUUGACUUCACACACUACAGCAUACAGUUUGUGUGACUACGAACUACUUGUCAUAAAUGCUAUGAACCUUUUGGAGUUCCUGAAAGGUGUUCAUUGUAAACUCACUAACUUGACUGUUCUGACUCUUCUGUUUGUGUUUGACUGCUCAGGCUAAAACACUGCCCUGUGACUGUUCUCCUCCCCGAGACGAUGUGGUCUUUAAUUCUUCACCGUUCCAAAGUAGAGCUACUGUUUCAUCACGUUGUCUUCGUAGCUAUGCCAUCGUUCUCUCUCUCUGUGAGCGUGACCUGUGUUUGUACUUUCCUCAAAAGACAAAUCUAUGAAAUGUUCGAGCGAUGCUUGAAGAAAAAGGCUGGCGUUAACGCGACAUCUUUCUUUUGGGAAAUGGUCCCAUGAAAAGACUAAAACCAAACUGAGUUUAUGAGUCAAACUCUUUCACUGACACUCAGCCUCUUGAGCCCCUUCAUCUCUACUAAAGAAAUAAAUGUAGCUUCAUUCACAGAUUUAGAAACAUUUCUUUAAGGUCCAGUGUGUAACAUUUAACGACAUCAGAGGGCGAGACUGUAUAUUGUAAAAAAUAAUCUUCUCCACUCAGCAUGUUAGGGAACUGUAGUGCAGACACCAAUAAGGAUGUUGUUCUUUUCAUUUGCAUAGAAAGCUUCCACUUCAAAAUGCAAAAAAUGCACAUUCUGGUUGGUUAUUGAGGCUGCUGUAGAAACCUGGUGGUCUCCUUAAAGCUUAUUCUAAGGCUACAAGAUCGGAUUUUUAUUUUAAAUUGGAAUUAUACCUUUGUGCAAACCACACAUGGAUAGUGCAUUCAAUUUCUGCCGAUAAAGCCUCCUAAAUUUUACACACUGGACCUUUAAGUGACUGGUUACACUGUUGAAGACUUCUCAGCUGUGGAUCUAUACAUCCUCGCAUCGGGAUUCUGUUUGUAGAAAUAGCUGAAAGAACAAACUUUGUGGCACAUGUUAAUGUUUUUGGACAAUGAAGGUCAAUGGCACAGUGGAGUAGAGUAUAAGAGGCUGCAGCUGCACACACACGCACACACACACAACACCUGUCAGUGUGAUCAGAUCAGAUUUUUUUUGUGGGAUUUGUUGACACGACAACAAUGUAGAACACUGCACGAGGAGGAGGAUCUACUCCGCAAAUGAAACGACGGCCAAAUAGGAACGAUUAAGAUGUUGCCAAGCACAGUUUGUUUGUGUUGCGCGGAGGUGACGUCAGUGAAAUCACCUGUGUGGUUGAACCACAGUUGAAGAGACUCUUCAAAAACAUUGUUGCCAGAUUCCUUUUUUUUUUUUUGACAAACACACCUGAACUAGGCUCAUUCAAAUAUGACACUAUCAAAGCCUUGAAUAUGGUGUAAGCACCACCUCGUGGUGAUCUGUGGAAAUGCACUUUGAAAAAUAGGGUGGGGUUGGGGUGUUUUAGCUGAGCUAAUACACUUGAGUAAUGUACAGCGUGUCUGAGAGAAAUUGUACCAUCACAGUACAUCUCAGCGAUUUGUAAAUAGCCUAAAGUCUUCCAUUGAAACGUUGAUAUGACCUUGUCACCAGUGUAGAGGACAAACACUGAUCCCCCCCCCAUGUACAGACCUUUUGAAGUGAAGUUUACAUUGAAGAAUCAUCGAUUAUUUGA